AUGGCCAGAGAUAGAGGAUAUUCAAAAGAUGCUAAUAUAAAUCUUUAAUAAUAUGAUUCAGAUGAUAAUUUAAAUGGUUUAAUUUCAAAGGUUAAAGAAAGAGGAUUGGUAGUAGAUUUUAUUCCUCCUUUUCGUCAUGAUUUUAAUUUUGAUGAAUUGAAUAGCAAGGCAAUGAGAAUGUAUUAAUAUUUAUAAGUUUUUCACUGUAAAAAAGAGCCCUUAUCAGAUAUAGAAUUGAAAUUAUACGCAUAAUAAGCAUAAUAAUAUGUUAAGGAAGAUUAGGAUAAUGACCCUGAUGGUUACUUUUUUUUUAAUUGUAUUAUUCUUGUUCAUGGAAACCCUGAAGAUAAAAAAAUAGUUUCUAAAAAAGCCUAAGACUUUAAACGGCUUACUUAAAUCAAAAAAAGAUAUUGUUUUACCAGUAAUAUAACAGAUUCUCAAUUACCAAAAAUAUUACCCACAGAUCCAAUUAAUAAGUAUUUUGGUCUUAGGAUAAAAUAGGUAUUUAAAAUAGAAAGAGAUUCAGAAACUGCAGGAAAAUAUAUUACCUAUAGAAUAGUUAGUUGA